AUGGCUGAUUCUUCGAGAAUUUCUGCUUCGAUCGUUUUGUAUUUUACUGGCCCAUUUGAAGGUCAUGGCAAUUUGGUAGAUGCCAAGAAGAACUGUCCUUCCUCUGUCUACACACCAGCGGAACGUAUCCUCUUGUUGCAGAUGUCUUUGAAAUGCGCAGAUAUUAGCAAUCCAUGUCGACCUUGGCAACUGUGCAGGCAAUGGGCUCAGCGAAUCUGUGCGGAAUUUUUCUGCCAAGGUGAUCAGGAACGUAAUCGUUGGGCAUUGACUCCCGCUAAAGCAAACGAUCGCACGUGUUCCUCGGUUCCUGCAAUCCAAGUCGGUUUCAUUGAGAAUCUUAUCAAACCGCUGUUCUCCACCUGGCACGAGUUCUUUCAAACCAAUCUCACACGCGAAUUGCUGCACUAUUUGGAUUCAAAUCUGACGAGCUGGACUCGUAAACUGAACAAGGGACAAGAGCGGGAUGGGGAAAUCAACCAAACGCCGAGCGAAUGUACUCGGAAGAAGACACCAAAACCAACGGAGUCGAAGCCGACACGAAAGACGAAGAAAGUGUUCAAAAGCAAAGGUUGUGUGGGCCGGAAGAAGGCCGAUGCCAAGUCCCAUAACCAUCAAGUCACUUUUGCGCUCAACUGUGAUGAAUCGUCCAGUGCCAAAGUGGUUGCUGUGUCUGGAACACCGCCGGCUUUUGAAUUGACUGCCGCAACGGAGCAUGAGCUUUGUGCGAUUUCCGGUCUGCAUACGUUCCUGAUCACCACUCGUGGACUGAGACGUCACUCGUUGCCUGAAACACAGGGGGCUAUUCGCAAGACUUUUAAUUUCACAUUGUCCUCCUCGAAACGUAAUCCACCUAUGCUUGUGCUGGAUACCCGAUCCGGUCGCCUGUUUCGCCCUGGCGUUCUUCCUCGGACCUCAGCCAAUCUGAGCUCUCAGGUAAAUACUACUUCUCACCUGAAAACCGGUCCAAAGUCCUUACGCACUGCCUCUGCGAAUAUAUUACAAACCUUAUGUGAAGAUUUGAUGCAUCAUCCUCAACAAUCACCACAAGAGCAAUCACAGCAGCAGCAGCAGUGUGGUAACCCACAAAAUCACGGUAGUCCAGACGCGGUCAAUCCAUUCCCACUUCCCGAUGCUUGGCAUGUUCCCGAUCGGACUGGUUAUCAACCCACCUUGGCGAUUAACCUAUCUGCCACUGAUUUUGUUACUUUAGCACAUCGACGUAGCAGUGUACCGUUGAUUGACAAAUAG